AUGUCUCAACUCUCAACCACUGUUGUCUACACAGUCAUCACCUUUAUUGUAUUAUGCCCUCCGCUUGCCAUUUUGCUCAUGAGAUUCUACCCAAAGGAUCACUAUGAUGAUUUGAAGAGUUUCAAUCUACACAUCCUAAUUAGUUUUGUUUUAUUGACAAUUUGUUAUUUUAUUCCGGAAAUUGAUGGUGGAUUCAGAACACAACUGAAACAAUUUUACUUUUAUCUCUUUCUGAAAGGGAUUGUUUAUAUUCCUGCAAUAUUACAUGCAUCAUUCAUGUUCUUUGCUUGGGGACUCACUGUUGAGAAUCACAAGUGA